CAUCCUCCUUGUUUUACCCUGAAUUUGCCGGGGUUUUCCUUUCUAUGAAACCCCAAAAACAAAACCGAAAAAACCCUCUUUCCAUCACUUUCGCGAGAAAAAAAGAUAAAAAAAUAAAGAAAUUCUAGAACCCUCCAACUCAUCCAAAAAUCAUCUCUAUUCGGCAUUUAAACCUUCAAUUGCAGUAGGUCUGAUUCAGAAAACCCUUUCGGGAAGACCCAUUGAGUAAUUAGGGUUUGGUUUGAUUGAAAGCAAAGAGGAUAGAAGAUGGGGAGUGUUGAGGAUCGGACAUUUAGGGUUAAUUUCACGGGGGAUGGAGCUAAUAAGUUGAGAGAGACAGUUAAAGAUAAGCUUAAAGAGUUCAUGGGCGAUUACACUGACGAUACUCUUGUGGAAUAUAUAAUCGUCUUACUGAGAAAUGGCCGGCGUAAAGAAGAAGCAAAGAGUGAAUUGAAUGUUUUUUUAGGAGAUGACAGUGAUUCUUUUGUAUCUUGGCUGUGGGAUCACCUGGCCUCAGAUUUGGAUUUAUAUGUUCAGCCUCAAGAUACAAGUGAUGAGGUCAAAACAAAACUUACAAUGGGAGACCAGGCUGGAAUGAAUGAAUCUCAUCAUAUUGAUUCUGAAUUUGGGAAGGGAAAGCCUGAUAACUUGCCCAGAAGCCGAAACAAAAGAGAAUGGAAAGCUUUGACACUGGAUGCAACCGAACCUCCUCCUCUUCGGAGCUCUGAGGUUAGCAUGUGUUUGGAGGAAAGACAUGAUUCCAAAGUAAGUCAUGGAAGAGGAUCUCCAUCUCCUCAGCCUCCACAAGAGAAGAAAAGGAGUCGGCAGAAUGAGCGACAGCAUUUGAAGAGAGGGGCAGUUUCUCAAGCAACUAUUAAUGCUCCUCGACGACUUCUUCAAUUUGCUGUUCGAGAUGCUGUUGGAACUUUGAGGCCCUCUAGUUUGGUAAAAGAGCCCUCAAUGAAGCGGCUUCGUUCUGUUGUCUCUAUAUCUACUGCGGAAUCAUCGUUAGUUGAUCGUCCUAGGAGGAUUCAGUCGAUAGCAAGGGUUCCAAAUCCUAUGGCUACUGUAAUCAAAGCUGUGCAAGAAGCUGCUGAAGAUGUAGUAAAAGUUAAAUCUUCAAGAAAUGUGUUUGACCGACUUGGUCGAGAAAUGGAUACCACUGAUCAAAUAAGAGAUAUAAGCCAUGAUGCUGUUGAAAGUGAAGUCUAUGAAGAAGUCAACCCAAAUCCGGAUCAGACAGAGUCAUUCUAUCUUCAAAGAUAUGCUGGACAUGCAGGGAACAUUGGCAUUAUGGAGAGUGAAACUGGGUUGGUUGGUGACUCUAUGUUUGACAAUGAAGUUUAUGAUGACGAUGAUGUUAUGGGCCAUGGAGUUAUGGAUGUUUCUGAAACUGGCACAUCUGGUGGAAGUAAGAGGGAGGAUUCACUUAUGGUACAGUACAGCGUAGGUAGGAGUGCUGAUAAUGAUGAUAUGCGAACAACUAGAAAUAAAGAUCGGGAUCAACCUGUUUCAGCUGCAAAAGCAGUAGUAAACAUUCCUAUGAAUCUGAAUACCUGGAAACCACCUCAUUGUCAGGAAUCAAGAAGAUUUCCGGAAAUGGGUAAUUGGAAUUCUGUUCAGGAGAAUAAGGCAGACACUACAAAGUCUGGUGCCCGGUUAAUGAAGGAGAAUAACAACAUUGUCAUGGUUGGUAAUGGAAAUGCAAAACCAGUUGCUGAUAUGCACAAAGAAUCGCAGAAGCCACUGCAAUCUGCUCCUGGUUCAUAUGCCACUGGUCGUCCAUUAGAGGAUGCUGAUUCUCGGACAAUUUUUGUUAGCAAUGUUCAUUUUGCUGCUACCAAGGACAGUCUUUCCAGACAUUUUAAUAAGUUCGGCGAUGUUCUUAAAGUGGUUAUAAUGGCUGAUGCGGCAACAGGGCAACCAAUGGGGUCAGCUUAUAUAGAAUUUAUGCGAAAAGAAGCAGCAGACAAUGCAUUGUCUCUUGAUGGUACCUCCUUUAUGUCACGGAUUCUCAAGGUUGUGAAAAGAAGCCCUGCGAACCAAGAAGCUACAGCUAACAUGAUAUGGCCCCGUGGUGGUACCCGUGGUUCUCCAUAUACUGCUGGUAGGUUUAGCAGAGGUCCUUUUCCUAGAGGUAUUUCUGGUGCAUUUAGGCCUCGUCUCCCCAUGAAACCUGGUGCCAGAAGUUUUCAAUGGAAGCGAGAUGCUCAAGGCACUCAAGCAGAGAGCACGGCUCCAGUUUCAGGGAGUCUUGUGACUUCUACUGCCCGCAGUCUCACAUAUGUCCGAACAGAGCCUAAACCUGAUGAUGGGAGUUCUGCGAAUGUUUUGGUAAUGCGGCAGAUAUGAAUCAAACAGUUGCCCUUGCUUUAAAGAGUAUCAUUCUUCUGUAUAUGGUGAAGGACAUUUCCCUGAACGGGUGUAGAGUGAUUGAAAAGAGUUCCGUUCCUUGGCAAAAUAUUUCUGGGCUCUUUUUUUGGGGGUUGGGGUUUUUCUGAAUCCAAUUGGAAAGAGACGCUGGACUUUUGAUGCCUGACAAGUUAUUUACACCAUUAGAUGAAAUUUGUGAAUAGGAUGGAUGGGUAGUUAAUUUCUUAUGUUUUAGGGAUUCUAUUUUGUUUCAGCUUUUCUGAAAAAAAAAAAAGAGAAGAAAAUUGAAUGAAAGGAAGAAAAAAAAGAAAAAAGGAAGAAAAAGAACAAUAAGUUGCUUGCAUAUGCUCAGUUGGCAUAGUUUAGUGUACUAUGCUUUUUUCGAGUAAUUUGAGCUUUUAUUGCAUA